CGCGUUGCGCACACGCCGGUAACGAACGUGUUAUUCAUAGCAUACAAAAUGGCGGCGCGUACGAUCAGCCGGUGUUUUAUUGUGUCCACGAGGAAUUACAGCUCGAAGACAGAUAAAAAUGUCGCUUUCCUCGGCCUUGGGAACAUGGGAGGUUAUAUGGCGGCAAAUCUUGUCAAAAAGGGCUUCAAUGUACGUGGCUACGAUCCAUCAAAGGAUGCUUUGACAGCCGCCGCCAAGGACGGUGUAACCGGUGCUACCUCAAUCGCCGCAGCUGUAGAUGGCGCUGAUGUCGUUGUGUCAAUACUUCCUAGCAACAAAGUCGUUCUUGACGCAUAUCUCGGCCAAGAUGGAGUUGUUAAACAUGUUCCUAAGGGUUCAUUACUCAUCGACUCAAGUACUGUGGAUCCAAAUGUGCCCAAGCAGAUAUUCCCCGUCGCUACCGAGAGUGGCGUAGGCUUCAUUGAUGCCCCAGUUUCUGGAGGUGUAAUGGGCGCCCAGAAUGCAACACUAGCAUUCAUGGUCGGUGGUAAUAAGGAAGAUUUUGACAGAUCUCUACCAAUGCUCCAAGCAAUGGGAGCCAAGCAUUUCCACUGUGGAGGCAGUGGAGCCGGACAAGUUGCCAAGUUGAGCAACAAUAUGCUCAUGGGCAUCACUGGUAUGGCAACAGCUGAGUGUAUGAACAUGGGCAUCAAAAUGGGACUUGACCCGAAAGUUUUGCUGGAUGUGCUAAACAACUCAUCAGCAAGAUCAUGGUCCACUGAAGUGUACUGUCCUGUUCCUGGGUUGGUGCCAACUGCGCCAUCCAGCAGGGACUACGAUGGUGGAUUCAAGAAUGAGCUGAUGGUUAAGGACUUGGAGCUAGCUAGCUCAAUGGCACUAGGAAUCCGGUCUCCCAUACCCCUGGGAGCUGUUGCAACUCAACUAUACCGCAUCGUGCAAUCUCGUGGGUACGGACAGAAGGAUUUCUCAUUUAUAUACCAGCUCUUGAAAGAAGAAGCCACUAAGAAGUAGAAUAAAAUGUAUAUCAGUUA